GAUGGGCUCUUUAUUUCGAAGUCAGCAAAUGGUAUUAUGCCAAAUAUUUUUGCAAAACGAAUCUGCAUAUUCUAGUGUUUCUAAUUUAGGCGAAUUGGGAUUAGUUCAAUUUAGAGAUACUAAUCCUACAGUAAGUGCUUUCCAAAGAAAAUUCAUUACUCAAGUCAGAAGAUGUGAUGAAAUGGAAAGAAAAUUGAUAUAUGUUGAAAAAGAAAUAUUAAACGAAAAUAUCAAGUUGGAUGAUGUGACUGACAAUCCCACUGCUCCUCAACCCAAAGAAAUAGUGGACCUUGAGGCCACAUUUGAAAAGUUGGAAUCAGAGCUAAGAGAAGUUAAUUCAAAUUCUGAUGCUUUGAAAAAAACCUACUUCGAGUUAACUGAAUUGAAAAAUGUCUUAGUAGAAGCUCAAACAUUUUUUUCGACUCAAGAAGCUCCCGUUGAAAGUAUGGACAGUUCUACUUUGGUUCCAAAUGAAGUUCCAGCUUCUGCUGCACAACAUGGGUUUGUUAUUGGAGUUAUAUUAAGGGAGCGCAUACCAGGUUUUGAAAUGAUGUUAUGGCGCGUUUGUCGAGGAAAAGUUUUCCUCAGGCAAGCUGAAAUAAGCACAUUGAUUGAAGAUCCCUUUACAGGAGAAAAACUGCAUAAAGUUGUUUUCAUCUUAUUCUUUCAAGGUGACCAACUAAAGAGUCGUGUAAAAAAGAUUUGUGAAGGAUUUCAUGCUACACUGUAUCCUUGCCCAGAUAAUUACCAGGAGCGAGAAGAUAUGCUCAAGGGCGUUAAAACACGUAUAGAAGACUUAAACCAACCAUUUAAAUCUGCUGGACCAGAUGAUAUUAUACCUGCUCUCCUGCAGAAAGGUGUGGAUAUUAUCACACCACAUCUUUGUAGGAUCUACAGGUCCUGUCUUGUUUUUGGCUUUGUGCCUUAUGCUUGGAGAACUUGCAAGGUAAUCUUCAUACCCAAGCCAGGGAAGCUUGCUACUGUCUACCAGGCAGAAACUUUAGCCAUGUUGGCUUGUGUAAAUAACUGCCUAGAACGAGGCAUAAGCGGGAAGGUUAUCAGAAUAUUCUCUGGUAGCCAAGCUGUGUUGAAAGCUCUCAAUCGAGACCGCUUCUCUACCAAAACCGUUUGGGAGUGCCAUAAUGCACUGAUAUGGCAAGAGUAUACAAAAGGGACGUUGGCAGUAUACCUUAUAGCAACUACUCCAAUGAGUCACGCUCUGCUAGAUGUGUGCAAAGCCAUGUUGCCUUAUCUCGAUGCUUCUCGCGUGAAACAGUUGUACGAGCUCUGUAAACCACUGCUGGAGCACGAGAACCGCACAACCCAGAAGAAGUCUUUCGGAGUGAUGAACGAGAUCUGCAUUGGCCAAUCGGAGGCUUGCUGCCUUUUCGUGCGAGAGCAUUUCGAAGACCUGAGGCCCAUCCUGUGUGGAACCACCAAAGGCCUCACACCAGCAACAAAAGCGCUACGGCUGAGUUGUCUCCAGUGCAUUGUUAAUCAUUUGACGAAAGACGACAUGGAAACCAUCGUUCUCAUCUCAGCAGAAGCUGUCAUCUGCACCAAAGAGAAUUCGAUCAAAGCGAGAACGGCAGCUUUCGGUCUACUGGUAGCCAUCGGCCACACCCUGAAGAGGAUCAUGCCGGGAGAUGCAAAAGGUGCGCUCCAAGAGUAUAUGAAGAUCCUAUUGGCCGGACUCGCCGGAAGAUCCACCCAUCUGAUUGGUGCCACCAUCCUGGCCAUUGGACGAGUCAUGUUCGAGUUCAAGGAUGACGUGGACGGGGAGCUGAUGCACCUGCUGGUGGAGAACGUGUGUCUCCUGAUCACCUCCAAAUCCAGAGAAGUGGUGGUGGCUGCCCUCUCCUUCUUCAAGAUCCUCUUCGCGGUGCUCCACACCACCGAUCUCCUGCGCCACGUCUCGGCCAUCGUACAAAGCGUGACCAACAUUUCGGAAGAAAAUCAGAGGCAGCUGAGAUUCAAGGCGAAGGAACUCUUCACUCGUCUGGUCCGGAAGUUCGGGUACGAGAUGAUCUACAAGAUGGUCCCCGACAGCCACAAGAAACAAGUCUCCAACAUUCGGAAGCUGGAAGCCAGGAAGCACAAGAAGAGGGAAGACGAUGACGAUGAAGAAGAAGGCGUGAGGAAAUCCAAGAAGGCAGACACGUUCGAAGACAUCCUGGCCGACUCCGACGAUGAACUUUUGGACGAGGAAGAGGCCCCGAAGAGAAAGAAAACGAAGCAUCCCAAGAGAAGAGACAACCCCAUGAUAGAAGAGUGCGGUGAAGAUGACAUCGUGGACUUUAUGGAUCCUGCUGUGAACAAGAGGCUGCUCACGAAACGACCACACAAGCCUUCGGAAACAAAGAAGGGCUCGGAGGCUUUCCCGAUCUCCGAAGAUGGACGCCUCAUCAUUAAAGAUGAGGACGAAAAACCAAAAAAAGAUAAGAAAAGUGAUGAAUUGCUUCCAUUGAAAGAAUUGGGCUUGGCCGAUAAGAAAAGAAAGAGAAAGCAUGAGGACAGUGAUGAAGAGGAUGAGGACCAGCAAGGAACCUCGAAGGGAAUCCAUCGGUUCGACAACAGGCACAAGAGGAGGCUUCCCGGUGAAGAAUUCAAAGCCACCAAAGCCGGCGGUGAUGUGAAAAAGGGGAAAGUGGAUCCAUAUGCAUAUGUUCCUUUCAACAGACAAGCACUCAACAAAAGAAAAAAUGUGAAGUUGAAAGGUCAGUACAAAAAUAUUGUUCAAGCAGCCAAGAAAGGAGCCAACAUUGGCGUGAAAAGGAAAAUGAGAGAAGCCAAGAAGAGGAAGAACAAACGACGUUAGAAUCUCUUUCUACUCUGUACAGAAUACUAUAAUAAAUUAUUGAACUGU